CAGCUCGAUGGAGGUGAAACAAUCACAAAUGGGAUUGGACGAUGUCAACGGAUUCCAAUGGCAGUGUCGCCAGUGCACACCGCCACCCUCCCGCCCCGCCACUCUGCAGCAUAUACCAAACUGUUCCAGAUAUUUCGAACUUCAGACCACUAUUGCGCUCUUCAGAUAUUUUAGGCUUGAAGCAUGAAUUAGCCGGCAACACUUUGUGAAAUAAGUGAAGGAACGAGUCCCUAUUCCCUAUUCGCUCUUACUACACUUUCCAAUCUCGCCUCCUGUCACUCAUCUCUCGAAGUGCUCCAGGUCUGGAGCUCCUCUCGUUUCUCUACAUGGCCUUCACCGACCUCCACCACGGCCCCAAUACCAAAACUGCAAAGCAGAUCAGACAACCCAUUUAACCAAUACUCCCUUACUUAACCUGUCACCGUUUUGAAUAACGUUUGUAGUUCAGGAUGGUUGACGAAUCAACGAAGAAAACAUUAAGUAAUAUUCCAUUGUUACAAACGAAAGCGGGUCCUAGAGAUAAGGAUUUGUGGGUGCAAAGAUUAAAGGAAGAAUAUCAAGCGUUAAUUCAAUAUGUAAAAAAUAAUAAAGAUUCUGACAAUGAUUGGUUUCGGUUAGAAUCUAACAAAGAGGGUACAAGAUGGUUUGGAAAAUGUUGGUAUAUUCACAAUCUCUUAAAAUACGAAUUUGAGAUUGAGUUUGAGAUUGCUGUUACAUAUCCCACAACAGCACCUGAAAUAGCUUUACCAGAGUUAGAUGGUAAAACUGCAAAAAUGUACAGGGGUGGAAAAAUUUGUCUGACAGAUCAUUUUAAGCCUUUGUGGGCCCGUAAUGUACCAAAAUUUGGAAUUGCCCAUGUCAUGGCCCUUGGACUGGGACCAUGGAUGGCAGUUGAAAUUCCUGAUCUUAUAGAGAAAGGUGCUGUAGUACAUAAGGAUAAAAUCGAUCAAAAGUCGUAAUAUUAUAAAAGAAUAUCCUGAAAUAUAAAUGAAAUUAUUGCUUUUAAUUGUUGAUCAAGAUUAACUUUUAUAUUAAUUUUGAAGAAAUGGUUUGUUUACUGAAUGUAUUGUUCUCUUCACGAAUUAUAAAUAUUUAUACUUGUACAUUACAUAUAAAUAACAAUACUUCGCAUAUUA